GAACGGACAUAAAGGAAUAAGUUCCUCGUCGGACUUCCUAAGAUCGUAUUCCGUAGUUGAGGAAUAAGAAAGAUCUUAGCCUCUUGACUUUCACUCGCUCUACUCUCCUGGAUCUAGGGUCUUACAAGAGCCGUCACGUCUCACUUGUUUUGCUCACUACAACUCGGGAUAGAAAAGAAAAAUUGAUAGUGUCAAACAUCUCUUUCAUGAACGCUGGUGCUUCUGUCAUUACGACCUUCAUCGCCAUUUCUAUUGAUAUCUAUGUCAACUCUUCAAACUCAUCUGCAGGAGGACUUAUCAUAUCAAAACUUGGGCUCUACCUCUCGCUCUCAUAAUCAUAUCUGAAAAAUUUGCUGUGCAUGCUUUUAUCGUCUAUAAUCAUGUAUUCAUAACGUUCACGCUGAGAAAGAGAAAGUGAAAGUAUUGUAAAAAUCCAGCAAACUUAUCGUUAGAGCGCCUGAUGAUGAUAAAUAAAUAUUUCCUUCUACCACCCACUUGUACUCCUAGUUUGUUUCAUAUUAUUCUGACCGACGAACAUGCAUGACUAUCCUAUUUCAUGUUGCUACCUGACAUCAAAUAAGAACACCAGCUAGUACAAUCAUAUUUAUCCAACAGCAUCAGCAUCAAAAUCAAGAAUAACUUCUAUCACGGCACAUCCACGAUUGAGUUCUCUGCUUCAGAGCUUAUCAACCGCGACUGUUGUCCGAUAAUGCCGCUUCGGACCGUACACGAGGAGGAGGGUGCGGCAAGAGGGGGAGCUACCCCGACACCGAGGAGUUCUACCCCGCCUACUGCCCAAGAUGUUGAUUUAGAAAACGAGCUGUACCAUUGUUCUCCCGACAGCUGUGACACUACGGACCAGAUGAUCAGCAGUUCCUGCUCUUCUGACCUACCCCAGGGUGUCUUAAAUUGGGGUGACCUUCCCGAGGAUGAGGAAGAGGGCGCUCUUGCAGAGGAUCUGGGCUCUGACGCAGAAUUUCUGUCGGAGGAUGACGUGCCAGUGGUGUCCAACCCAGACCAGCUCGUUCUCAACCCGUCGGGACAGCGCUUGGUGCCCUCUACGCGCGUAUACAAACUGCCUCAAGCCUAUGUGAUCUGGUUCGACGCACAGAAAAAAGUCAACUACCAAGACGGAGUUACCAAGGUGAGCUUUGUUUCAUUUUGGCUAUCAUGAUACAUUUACUGAUAUUACUCCGUAGUUACUCGAAGAUUCUCCACCUCCUUGUUUCCACUCAUCUCUGUAUAAAUUUCACCUUCACAUUCAUGACGAGUUUGAGUACUCAAAAUAGAUAACCAUGUUGUUCACCACGUCGUAAAAAAUGCUGUAUCUAUAAUCUAACCUAAACCUGGAUCGAACCUCCUCCAUUUAUAUUUCUUAGGUUGGAACCGUGGUGAGCGUGCAGGACUUUUGGCGCGUGUGGAACAACAUAAAUUUUAAAUUUGAAACUGGGAGUUUGGGUGUUUUUCGUGAAGGCGUACAACCUGUAUGGGAAGACCCUUGGAACGCGAAAGGCGGAAGAUGGAUUCUCACCAGCAACUCAGUGCACAAUCACAAGACCAAAAAUCACCGCAGGUACUUACGCUUAAGUACACCAACUCUUUAGGACUUACUCAUGCUCAAGUAGUACUUACAACUCAUCCUUAGGAAAGUACAUCUUGACCAUGACCUUCACACACAGACACACUGUCUCUCUCACCUCUCUCAAUAACCUUUACCUUAAAAUAGAAUGCUCCUCUGCUCCCUCACUCAGGAUCGAAAUGUUUACGGACUUGGUGCUUGGAGUUAUUGGUGGACAGUUCAACUCUCUUUUUGGCGAGUUCGACGAUGCUGUCUGUGGCUGCGUCUUAUCGAUUUCAAAAAUGCGACAGAAGGUAAAAAACGCUACUGAAGAUGAUACUAAAGAGCUACUGAAGAGAGAGAACAGAAAGGAAGACUUGAGCUUCAACUCAAGAAGUAGAUGAAUGACUAACUAACGAAAGCGCCUACAAUCUAAACAAUUCCUCACUCUUCUUAUACACCUUCAACAAGAUCAACAACAGUGAGUUAAAAAUCAAAUACACAUUUAUAAUUCUUCAAGUACUACUUGCGUAUUUUCUUCUCCUUUAUUCUGCAGGUUGAGCUGUGGAACAAGCGUGCAAACCAGAAGGGGCUGGUGAAAGUCGACCAUAAAGUACGUGAGGUGUUGAAUAUGGAGAACAGUUCCGACUUGCAGAUUGACUACAAAAGCCAUGGGGGCAGUCUCCGAAGUGCGUUGAAGAAGAGCAAGAGCUCCUCUUAUUAAGCCGACGUCCUAUUAUUAUUAUCUUGAUAGUAAAAUUGAAAAACCUACAAUCUAUCUCAUACUCCAUUAUUAUCUUGAGAACAAGCAUCUUCUUCGAGCCUUAUUUAUUUCCCAAGGGGGGGCGGGAAAGCACGCCAAAGACGCUCUGCUCUAAGAUGAAUUAUAAGGUGCUCUGCUCUAAUCUUCUACUGGAGGUGGACCGUCGCAGGAAAUGGACGUCGAUGGCACUUCGAAGGGAAGCGGUGGAAAGGGAAGUGGAAAAAAACGUGGAGGAGGCAAGAAGGGCGAGACGGAUAAUGGCUUCUUAUCACGAGCCAUGACAGUUGGAGUUGCGAAUCCGGUGUCCUCACCCUCAUCUUCGAGCACAAAAACCCUCGACUUGGCUUCGUCCCUCAGGCUUGAAAGUCCAGGCGCUGACGAGGCAGGUGGAGUUACUGCAAGAAGUUCGACUUCAACUACGGAUCCGACGAGGAUGAACCUUGAUGAAGAUCCAGCAGCCACGGCCAGUCGUGGUCCUCAGGAAGAGGUUAAUUAUGAACUACAAGAAGCACAAGAAAUAAGACUCGAAGCAAAUGGACUCGAUCAUAACAGCACGACAGACACGACUUCUUCAUCCCCUGCUGGUGAGCUGAUUACGCGAUUGGACGUCUCCCGUGAGACGGCUCGUGUCCGCGCAGAGAUGAAAGUCGUUGGCGGCGCCGCUUCCGCACCAUCUGUGAUCGGAGCAGUGCCACAGUUGGCCAGGUGUGCCAGCUCUCUCUCCUCUGUGAUCGAGGAGAGCGAAGUCGAAGUGCUGGAAAGUCCCCUGUCCUCGUUGCCGGAGAGCAGCCUGAACAGCUGUUUCCGAGGAACGAGUAGCGGGUUUCUUCUAGAUCAGAUGAGUCAGAGCAGAGGAGACACGACCAGCUUGCAGACGUCACCCCAACUGUCGAUCUCACCCUCAGCUUCUAUUGCCGCCAUACCCGAACUCUCUCUGCAACGCGAAGAUUCGGUUCUCGAGCAGAAAAGUGAAACUACAAUCACCACGUGCUCUCCUCAGGGUAGUCCAAUUAUAGAUGCGGACAUCCUCACAAAGUCCGCUGCGACUGGUGUCGCAUCGACUUCAAUAGCCGGUUCUCGGAUAAGCUAUGCGACUGCGCUCAGUGCGGGGGCCAACUCUUCAUUGGGGGUAUUAUAAUUGAUUCUGUUAUUUAUAACACCUUUUCUACGCAUGAGGUAAGGUGUUCCGGGCGAUCUUCAUCAUAAGUUGUGCUAGCAGUAGCCGUAGACCUGCUAGACCAUCAUGUGUGAUAAAAAUACCCGGUUGCUCCUGGGACCCGAUUAAGAUUCGUUCACGUUCAUGGAUGUGUAGAUGUUGAUCAACAUAUAUAUAAUUUGAACUUUUCUUUGAUCCUUCUACUGAAGAUUCCAUGCAUCUAGACAAAUAUGAAGGUGCUACUUUUCGGAAUACUUCUGUGCUAAAUUAUCAGCAAGUAUCUUUUACCAUGAUCAAUACCGUUAUAUUUACAACCACCAGGUUCAUCCGAGCUGCAGCUCUUCGGGUACGAGUUCAGGUCGUUUCGUGUCUUCGCUAACAACGUCAACAGGGAGCUCUUCUUCAAAUCUGGUUUUGUCACAACAUGUCGAGGAGAACAUGAAGAGAACAGGUGCUCCUGGAGUUGUCACGACCUUGCCAGCAGAGGUGUCUGCGCCUACACUGAAGGAGAUCGAAACGCUCGAGUGGAAGCGUCUUCCUGUGGGCGUCGGCGCAUUGCUAGACCAGUUGUUGGACGAAACAGACCCUUCCCCCAGUUGUGCCACAGGUUUGGGCGACCAAGAGUCCCCCAGCUGUACCGGGGGCGGUUCCCCCUGGUCGCCCACCUCCGAGAGUGGUGGAGACACCGCGAGGAGGAGGCAAGUACUUCUUGUCUCCUCGUCAGAAGACUCACCUGGUAGCGCGUUUACAGUGCACGAGGACAUGGAACUGGAAGUAGAAGAUGCAGGUAGUCAAACGAGUACGAGCGCAACUGCUAAGUCGAGAACUGGUGCUAACGACGUAGGCCCGACUGGCAUAAGAAAAGAAGACGAUUCAUCUCCUGCUGUCGUUGUGGGUCUAGGGCCCACAGGAAGCGCGAUCAGCAGUACCGCAUCGGCUACCACGACUACGCUGACCGACAAGAACUCUUGUGCGGCCGUCCUCGCGGCAAGUACUUCUGUUAAUCCUACAAUUGCUCCCAGUUCAGCUUCCGUAGUCUCGUCUUCCGGAGGAGCGACCAGUCAGGCUAUGGCUAAUAUCCCAUCGCCCUCUACCUCUACUUCAAAGAAAGCGCCGCUUGGCACUGCUGGCGGUGUACAACACGCGAAAGCGUCGUUUCUAGACGCCGUUACGAAAAGCUUGCCAUGGGGCGCAAUAAAAAACCGAGAGAAGUCUGUAUCUUCCGCCGACAUUGAACUGCCAGCGCCAAUCGAGCCCGUUGUGAAACUGCCACAAGAUCAAGAAAACAAGUAAGUUCUUGAUAGACCUUCAUAGACACUAUCUUGUUGUGCAUGUGCGAGUCAUCUUUUUGUGAUUCUAAAUCAUGAUGUUGAAGAGAAUACGUAAAAACAUUUACUAGUCUGCUAAGUAGACUUCAAUAUUCAGACCACGAAAGACCACAAACAAAAAAUAGGAUUUAGAGUUACCUUUACAGUACUGAAGUCCUAUUCAUUGCAAAAUGAAAAACCUACUUGGCAUUGCCACAGGAUCGUUUUCCAGAUGAUCCAGAACCUGGUGGCCUUGCUUUAAUAUUACUAGUAACCUCAGUUUCCCUGAUACAACUACUUGCUUGUCCACGACUAACUGAAGACAAGUACUUUUACUUACCCAUUCUAUCUUUAUUAAUGUAUUGUUCCAUAAUAUAUGAAAGAUCAAGAUGUCAUGAAUGAUUGAUUUUCAAUUGAAGAAAACUUCACUAUCACGACUACGCUUGGAGAAAAUCAAAGAGCCAAAGAAGCUGUUCUUUGAUGAGGUUUCUUAGCACAUGUUGAAACCUCCCGAAAGAUACUGCGCAUUGUACACGUUUGUUCCCACAGAACAAGAUGUUCUUAAAAUCAUCAAUCUGAUAGGUUCAUCAAU